AUGUUCACCAGCCGCCUGAAGGACGAGAUUCCCGCCGCGCUGGAGCUCCUCUUCGGCGCCGUUCAGGCCUCCGGGGCGCAAAUCGAAACGCUGAACCUCAACGACAACGCCAUCGGCCCCGUCACCAUGCCCGUCCUGACGCCCUUCCUCUCGAGCACCGCCUGCACCGCCUCCCUGAAGGUCCUCCGCCUGAACAACUGCGGCCUGGGCAUCAAGGGCGGCCAGAUGCUCUCCACCGUCCUGCCCCAGCUGGAGCACCUCACCGAGCUGAUCAUCGGCCGCAAUCGAUUAGAGGUGGACGGCGUGCGGGACAUUGCCGCCGCCCUGGAGCAGCUCCGCCGCCUGGAGGUGCUGGAGCUGCCGCAGAACGGCACGAAGGCGGCGGGCAUCGAGGCGCUGAUGCGCGCCGUGACGGCCAACGCGGCCAACCUUCGGGUCCUCAACCUCAACGACAACGUCCUCCGGAAGCGGGGGCCGCUGGUGGCGGAGGCGAUCCGCGGCCUGCGACGCCUGCAGGUGCUCAACCUCGGCGACUGCCUCCUGGGGACGGACGGGGCGCUGGCGGUGCUGGCCGCUUUGCAGACGCUCGCGGCCACCGCCGGCGUCCACUACCUCCGCGAGCUGGUGCUCAGCGGCAAUGGCAUCAGCGUCCGCAAGGCGCAAGGCCAGGACCUCGGCGAGACGAUCAUCGCCACGGUGGAGCAGCUGCUGGCCGGUCGGGCCUCGCCCUCCACCGUCCUCCGCCUGGACCUGGGCGUCAACAACCUCGGCGAGGAGCUGGUGGGACGUCUUCAGGCGCACUUCUCAGAACCGGAGGUGGUGGAGCUGCUGAUCGCCGAGGAUGAGGGCUCGGAUGAUGAAGAGGAGGAGGAGGAGGAGGAAGAAGAGGGCGAAGAGGCUUCAGAAGACGAAGAAGGUGGAGAAAAGGUCAACGGAGAAGCGGGCGGCGACGAUGGCGACGUUCAAGAGGCCUCGCCCCUGAAGAACGGCAAGGGGAGCCGAAAGUCCACCGGGCCGCCGCCCACGCUCGAGUCGCUGGUGGCGAAGCACGAGGCGGCCUUCACCACCACGGAGGACCUCGCCGCGAAGUACUUUUGGGUGGCGAGCAAGGGCUUCAGGCCUGCAGCAGAAGGUGGUGCUGGCGGUCAGCAGCCCAAGCUGACGGACCGCGCCAAGCUGGAGCUGGAGGCGCUGCUCAAGGUCGGCCUCGCCCGCAACUCCGCCUCCUCGGCAAUGGCGCUCGUCAACGCCCUCCUCGUCGCCUGCGGCCUGAUCAAGGCGGAGGAGCGGCGGCUGGCGCCGCCGAAGGGCGCCGAUCUGCGCGGCCCGCUCUUCGCCCUGGCCGGCGCCCUGAAGGCGCUGCCAGCGGCCGAGCCGCGCGCCACCCUCAGGUCGAUGGUCCUGCGGGCGGUGGAGCAGCCGGCGAAUGAGUCGGUCAAGUCGGCCGUCAUGGCCGUCAUCUACAGCUUCUGA